UGCUUAAGAAUGGCUGGCGAGACCAAUAACUUGCCGGAGCUGGACCAGGACAAAUACGAUGCUGAUGAACAAGUGAAGAUCAUCUGUCUUGGAGACAGCGCUGUCGGAAAAUCGAAGUUAAUGGAGAGAUUUCUCAUGGACGGAUACCGGCCGCAGCAGCUGUCCACCUAUGCGUUGACUCUCUACAAAUACACAACGACCGUCAACGGGAAGACGGUACUAGUGGAUUUCUGGGAUACGGCUGGACAAGAACGAUUUCAGAGCAUGCACCCCUCAUACUAUCACAAAGCACACGCGUGUAUCAUGGUCUUUGAUAUUCAGCGGAAGAUGACCUAUAAGAACCUGACUAACUGGUACACGGAGCUGAGAGAGUACAGACCUGAGAUCCCCUGUCUGGUGGUGGCUAAUAAAAUCGAUGCGGAUAUGAAGGUCACUCAGAAGAACUUUAACUUUGCGAAGAAGCAGGGUCUGCCCUUCUACUUUGUGUCGGCAGCUGAUGGCACGAAUGUGGUCAAGGUCUUUCGAGAGGCUAUUCACAUGGCGCUGUCCUACAAACAGAACUCCAGUGACUUCAUGGAUGAAGUCAUGAAAGAACUUGAGAGUUUUGAUCUGAAAAACCAAGAGGAUUCUGAUGAACACGAAGAUGAAGAAACAGAGAAACUCAACACAGCGUGA